AUGAAAUUUGGUAAUUACCUAAAUGAAUCUGCUAUACCUGAAUGGAAAAAUAAAUAUGUAGACUACAACAAGGGGAAAUCAAAAAUACAUAUUUAUAAACAUGAACUUAAUAAUAAUAAACACUUAGUGCUGAAUUCUUUCUAUGACCAUAUUCAAAAUGAAAGAGAUAUCGAACAUAAUAAAUAUUCCAUCUUACAACGACAAUUCAUUACUGAAUUUAUAGAUCAUUGGAUUAAUUCAUAUGAAAUCAAUAAAAGUAAUAAUUUUUAUCUUUGGCUACUUGAACAAUGUCAUGAAAAAUAUCGAGCAUUAUCACACCAAAUGAGUUUGUAUAACCAACAAGUUAAAUCUGAAUUGCAUUUUUCAAACGAUGAGACCCCUUUACUAUUUGAUAUGAAUUUUAACAAUAGCAGUAACCAUGAUUCAUUGCAACAACCAAAAAUAUUUAAAAACUCAUACGAUUCAUUAUGUUCUCUUUUACAGACAAAAAAUGAUAAAUACCAAGAUCAUGCAAAUAUCGAAUCACCAAUUGAUGGCCAUUCUUCAACAUAUUCGCAAACAAAGUCUAAAAAGAAGACUCUCCCGGAACUUUUAAAAGCAUUUUUGAAAAGAAAUGACCUAUAUCCAUCUUAUCCAAGAUCACUGGUCAACUAUAAAAAUAAACAAGAAGACAGUACAGUUAAAGUUUCAAUAAAAAGGGCAAGAAGAAUGUUAGAUCAUGUAUUAUUGGAAUUCUAUAUUUAUAUCCAAUUGGUACGAGCAUUUAGAGAUUUAAAUGCAACCGGUUUCAGAAAAAUUGUUAAGAAAUUUGAUAAAGUAUGUAAAACAAAUGAAUUGCCACAGUUUCUAAUAAAUUCAAGGAAUAAAUAUAGUAUAUUCGAACAUGCUGAUAUGAAUGUGCAGACGAACUCCUCAAAUACUAUAAAGGACUUUUCAUUAAAGAAUACUACCAGUAGUAAUAACCAUUCAGCUCUUUCAACAGAUCCAUUACUUAUAUGGGAACGGACAAUAAACAAAUGGUAUCUUUCAGAUCUAACUCAUUCAGUAAAGGAGAAGAAAGAAAGAACAGAAAGAAUCAAAAAGCUAUCUUUAAAACACGCUGUAAAUGAACAAACAAUUCAUAGAAGUAAUAGAGCUAUAUUACAAAUGUUCAUAGGUGGGAUGGGAAUCGGUAUAUGUUUACCUAUAAUAUACUAUAUUACAAUUAGAUUAAUUGACUCUCCUACUAAUUCAUAUUUAUACAAAUUCAUAUUGCCACUAUGGGGUAGUUGGUUUUUGUUUUUUGUUUUGGUAUUUUUCUUUCUGUUCGACUGUUACAUAUGGCAUCGUAACGGUAUAAACUAUCGAUUUAUAAUGUUCGGUGAAAUACAUCAACGUAAUGGUACCCAAUUGUUUAAUAACGAUUUCGCAACUUCAAUGAUCUCAUUACACAUAUACUUUGCCGCAUGGUUUGCUGUUCCUUGUGCAAUAAUUGCUACGAUCAGUGUCUAUUACAAUGCUAUUAUACCAUAUACUUAUAUUAUGCCAGUCUGGUCAGCUAUCUUAAUGAUUUUGCCUUUUAACAUCAUACCUUACUGGGAUAAGUUAGUUGAAACAAGAAAAUGGUUGAUAGUGGGUAUUAUUCGGUUGAUAUUUUCAGGUUUCUUUCCUGUUCAAUUUGGUGAUUUCUUUUUAGGUGUCUUAUUUUGUUCUUUAACUUAUUCUUUAGCAGAAAUUGCUAUCAUGAGUUGUAUAUCCCUAAAAUCGAUAGACUGCCCAUGCAGUACUGAUGCAUUAAAAUAUGUAAUAUUGUUAUCAUGUGCGCCUAAUUUUUGGAGAUUUUGUCAAUGUUUAAGAAGAUUAGCUGAUUCCGGUAAUCCUUUACCUCAUUUACCAAAUGCUUUUAAAUACGCAUUUGGCGUUGCAUUUAAUGCGACUUUUUGCAUUUAUAGAGCCUCUAACCAUGAUCCAACAGCAAUGAAGUGGUUCAUCUUUUGUGCCACAAUUAACGCAAUUUGUACCAGUGUUUGGGAUCUAGUCAUGGAUUGGUCGUUAUUACAGAGAAAUUCAAAAAACAGAUUGUUGAGAGAUGAUCUAUAUCUUGCAGGUACGAGAGACUGGAAAACUGGAACAUAUUCUUUAGGUGGACGGUCGGUAUACUAUAUUUGCAUGGUUAUCGAUGUCAUAAUAAGAUUUCAGUGGAUCGUUUUUAUCGUCCCUCCAAUUCCUAUCCAGGACAAUCCUAUUACUGCAUUUACAGUAGCAUUUACUGAAUUAGUUAGGAGGAUUAUUUGGAUCAUUUUUAGGGUAGAAAACGAGCAUGUGGCAAAUGUCCAAUUGUUCAAGAUUUCUGGAGAAACUGAUCUACCAUACACAAUACCACUACCUGACUGGCGUCUAUUGGAAGAAACAAGUGUUAAUGAAGAUGAAGAUUCAGAAAUUCAAGACUAUAUGGAUGAAACUUCAAGUGGGCCUGCUCUAACAUCUAAUAAUCAUUUGGAUGUGAUAAAGCCAAGAAAUCGUAGAAAAUCUAUUCUCGAUAAUAUUUCAAGAAAUAUAUCCACUGCACACACUAGUGAUUUUCAAAGGCCUCGUGUCUAUUCAACUAUUUUAACGAGAGCAGAUGAUGACAGAGAUGUCAACACCGAUGACAGAUGA